AACUCAGGGGUGAAUUCCUGCCGCUCUGCAGAAACUAUGUCCCAGAAAACAACACAGGUCUUUGGAUAAUGAAAAGACCUCUGGGAACGCUUUGAGAACAGAUCAACAGAUGACUGAAGUGGGAUCUAAAUAUCUGCGCGAUUAUUCCCCCACUCCCCCUUCAUCACGGGGAGGGGGGGGGUCUCCACGGAAACAUGCUUCCCCUUUGAACAAACAUGAACAAAUACGUCCACCCAUUGGUGUAAAAGGUGUCCUGGUUCAUAUGAAGGAUUCGUUCUGAAACGGCAGAAUCAACCACAGCUUUGGUCCAAACGGAUAACUUUCCAUCCCAUCUGGAUGAUUGACAUGUGGGAGUUGUGCUGUGAUUAAAGCAGCAUCAUGGUCUUCUGCCCUGAUUGUUGACCAAAGGAAGUCUCCUCGUACUCGCAGGCUGUGCCCGGGUUUGGCGGUUUCAGCCGCUUCUGCUGUUGCCAUGGCGUCAAACAUGAACUCUGAAGGAGCGAGGCGUGCCCAGCUGCAGCGUACAGCACACACUGGCAGUUACAUCAGAGUAACAGGAGCAGGGGGACCAGGUUUUUUCUAGAACGGGGUCAAGGAAAUGCUGAGGUCUGAGCCUGCAGGGCAGCUCUGCCUGAUCGGUUUCAGGUUAGGACUCUUCAAACCUCCCCCCCAGCGCAGGGUUACAGCAGAAACAUCUCCUCCUCGUCCGCUGACACAGCCGCCCCUCUGAGCUCCUGCAGGAGAUGCUGCACCUGAAGAAGCUCUUCACGGAGGGCCUGGUCCAGAUGGCGGUCCUGCUGAGCCUCAGUGGACUCGGAGUGGACGUGGAUCUGGAGUCUUACCUGUCUCCCCUCUGGCUCGACGCCAGCUUUGCUCCUAUGAAGGCUUACGACCGCCGGGGGGGUCUGUACCCCAAAUCUGUGGACCUGCAGGAGCUCCUCACUGCCCCACGUCUGCACAAGCAGGUCCACUCUCUGCACCGGCUGCAGGUUCCCGAUGCUGUGCUGGAGACGUGGCUGGUGCAGCAGGAGCCGCUGGAGAGACCGGCUCAGGUGCAGCGCGAGUGGAGCGGCCUGCCUGUGGAGCCUCGAGCAGCUGACCCUGAGGAAGAGGAGGAUGAGGAGGGUGGAAGUGUCGCCUCAGGAGUUCCGAGCUCAAAUCCUCGGCUUCUGCGGCCCCCCGUCAUCCCCCCGGGCCUUCCCCCCACAGCCGAGGACCUGGAGCUUCUCUGGCAGGAUGUGUCGUUCCUCCUGGAGGACGAGGGCACAGAUUUGGAAAGAGUCUCUCUGAACGGAUCACCUCAUGGUGACUUGUUGGGGUCUCGGGUCCAGCCAGAAGCGGUCCUGCUUCCCCUGACUCCCAGCACAGAGCUGGACGAUCACACUUCAGCGCCGACCACAAACUUCGGUUUGGAUCCUCUGCCUCUCAGUCUAAACUCCUCAGACCUGCCCACCGAAGAUCCUUUCAAAGAUUUCCUUGAGAGUUUAAACGACAUCUCCACUACCUUAAACUUCGGUCUGUUACCGGAACAUCCUCUCCUUGAAGAUGAACCUGAAGCCUUUGGCGUUGACCCGACACCUCCCAGCUUCACCCAGGCUUCAGAUGGGAUGAUGUCCCAAGAAUGUCUGGAAUCUUCUUCCAGUGACGUUCUGCUGGGCCAGGAGGAGGAGGAGGAGGAUCUGCCAAGCCUUCUGACAGAACUGCUGGGAGAUGCCACCCUUCUAGACGACAUGAAUCUGUUGGACUUGGAUCUGGAAGAAGGAUUUGGCUCAAAGCCGGCAGCCAAGCUGGAAAAAGGCUUUUACCGUGACGUGACCCAGCGAGAGGAAGAAGAGGAAGACCACAUGGGAAUCCAAGAAGAUGCUGAAGAGGUUGAGUCGGACUCUGGUCUGUCCUUGGACUGCAGCCCCAGUCCUGCGUCUUCAGGUGCUUUUAGUGGCUCCUCCAGCUACUCCUCCUCCUCAUCAAGCACCCCGAUGUCCUGCACAUCUUCAGACAGGACUGUAUUCUCUGAGGAUGAGGGUCGCAGCGAGGGAAGCUUGGACUCAGAAGGGGAAGUCACCAUAAAACAGGAAGAGGAGGGAGCGGUUGGAGGGUCUCCGGGGUAUGGUAAGCAACUCCCCGUCAUCACUGAGGAUCACAAAGAGUUUCAUGGCUUCCCCUCCUGGCUGGAGCACGUUGGCCACGAUCACACGUACAACCAGAUGCAUCCCAGAAAGACCAGUUCUGCUCCGAGGAGCGGGAGCGCCAGGCGUCACGGCCGCUCCUCUUCCCAUCGCUUCUCAGAGGCCAGACUGUGGAGCCGGAGCGAACUCGAGCGAGUGCACUCCCUGAAGAUCCCGUUCUCCACCGAGCUCAUGGUCAACCUGCCAGUCGACCAGUUCAACGAGAUGCUGAGCGACUGCCAGCUCAGCGAGGAGCAGCUGACUCUCGUCAAGAACAUUCGGCGGCGUGGCAAGAACAAGAUUGCUGCUCAGAACUGCAGGAGACGGAAACACGACAUCCUUCUGGGACUAGAGGAAGACGUUUCGGCUCUGAGGCGCCGCCAUUCAACGCUGCUCAGAGAAAACCGUGACGCUCUGCGGCGUUUGCAGCAGAUGAAGCACAGACUGGGAGUUCUGUACCAGGAAGUCCUCUCGGAGCUGAGGGAUGAGGAGGGCGACUUGAGCGCAGCAGAGUUCACGCUGCUGUUCGGACCUGACGGGAAGCUGGCAGAGGAGAAAAGCAGCCAGAAACAGAGGCGCAAGAAGAAAUGAGGAGCUGAGGAACGCGUGUGAAAGACGCCGCCACUGCCUGCUGGGUCAGACAAAGAACGCCACGCUGUAGCGUUACUGCUGCUGGACACAAUUCCAAGGUGUUGGUGCAUAGAGGAGGGCAGCCUUGGUACUGGUCCGGUUUUAUCAUCAGAACCGUUCAUGGUGGUGUUUGUUUAGAGCAGAAAAACACAUUUUUCUAAAAUAUCAUUGAUUCUAGUUUUUUUUUUCCUUUUAAAAUUUGAAAAGGCCUCGGCCUCCGGUUCUGCUGAUGCCCUGCAGACAAACUGGUGCUGAAGAACUCGUUUUUCAGGGACAAAGUGGGUGUUAGGUCCAAAAUGUCUGUCUAUGCAACUGAAAUUUGCUUGGAGGAAGAGAUAGAAAUGCUCGGUCAGAGUCCAUUAUUAUUACAGCCCAGCAGAGACACUUCAUGGUAUCGUCCCCAACCAUCUAGAGCGAAGCGGUUCUUCCCGGCGACCCAGAAAAGAGCCGGAACAGUUCUGAGCUGCUGCUUUGGCGAGGGAGACCUGAAAAACUAGCCCCGCCAGGCUCUGGCUCCGGCGUAGCACCAAAACCUGCAUGGUGGAGAAACGGCGUCAUAGUGACUUCUGUACUACUUCCCCGGCUGUAAAAGAAUCUAAAAAGAGCAAAACAUCUGGGGAACCGUCCACCUACCAGAAUGUUCCGGAUGCUUCCAUGAGCUAAAUCUAAACAAAAGUGCAUCUAGUGCUCAUUUGAGGAACUGCACCUUUUGGUACAUCCUUGCUUUGGAAUCUGCGGAUAAAUAAAUUUGUUUUGAUGCAGAAAUGUGUCGUUUGGAAGCGACGUGUGGUUCGUUGUGGCAGGAAAACUUGAACUUCUCUCGAUUUUGUUCCAUCAGUCUCUGUGGAAUGUUCUGAUUUUAUUAUGAACCCUGACCGUUUGUUAGAAGUUCUAUUGAGGGCAAUUUAAACAGGAAGAAGCCACGUACGCACGAAAGUCAAAACCUUUUCUGUGAUAAACGAAUGGAUCCUCAGAACAAAAAUGUAAAACAUCUACAGAACGUUGUUGUCCAGACUAAACGAUUGGUGGCAUCAGCCCUGCCCUGCUUUCAAUCUCUUUUAUUGGUUUCAUGAUUUUUGUUCUUUUCUAUUUGCUUUUAAUUGUAUUCUAUUUAUGUCUCUACGAUGUUUAGUUUGGUUUUAUGCUUUAGAUUCUUGAAUGUUUGGUUUGGCACUUUGGGUCUCCUUGGAUGUUGGUGGAAGGUGCUUUAGAAAUACAUCAAUGAGGCUGAGAACACGGAGGGUCACCACGAGGAUCCAGGCCAAAAGAGGAAAUCCUCAGGAGAGAAGAAGACCUGUCUUUUUCAGUGGCUAAUCCAUUCAGCCACUGCCUUUAGGGCACUGAAAAACAUCGUCAUGAUGUUGAGUCCUCAGCAUCAUUUCACCAACAUCCUCUUGAUGCGUCCAAACCGUCUGCUUCCCUGCAUUCAUCUCCGGGUUUAAUAAGACUCUAAACUUUAUCCAUAAAGGUUUACUUGCAAACAGGUGUGCAAUUCCUUUCAUUCAGAAGAGACAAAACUACGUUUUACAUUUCUGAAACAUCUAAACACCGUUGCAUGUUCGUUUUAACCCGGGUCCUUGGGGUCUCCCAAACGUCUCUUAAGCCUUUCAUGAACACUGGAGAUCUCUCCUUCCUCAUUUUUGGUCCCUUCUGUUGUCGCUUCAUCAGAUCGACUCCAAUGUUUUUAUUUGUUUUACUAUUUCACCUUUUGACAUUAUUGGCUUUUACUACCUCUGCUUGGUUUUUAUUUUAUGCUGUCUUUUGUAAAGUGCUUUGUGAUUCUCUCAGUGAAGAGUGUUAUAGAAAUAAAAAUAUUCUAUUCUAUUCAUAAGAAAGAGUCGGCAAACCUGUGAUUCAUGACUGUGUUUUGUAGAUGCAUAUGGAUUUGACUCAAAUUUGAACGUUUAUACAUUUCCUCAACAGCAGCCUACAUAUUUUUACAUGACAGAUGUAGAACACAACUGUUCAUUUGGGAAAGUGGAGAAUUUUAAGCAUGAAAGGAUCAGAUUUUCCCAGAAACAUGACUAAAAAUAUACAAGAAAUUU